AUGAAGCUCUGUGUGUGGAUCAAUCCGUACGUGGCACAAACAUCGCCAUUAUUCGUCGACGGAAAGAAGAACGGGUGCUUUAUUAUGCGAGCCGAUACACCACGGCCGUGCGUCUGGCAAUGGGAUAACUGGCAAGCAGGCAUGGCGAUUGUUGACUUCACAAAUCCAGCAGCCAGGAAUUGGUACAGUGCUCAGCUCACGAACCCCGGCAUCGACAGCUUCAAGACGGAUUUUGGAGAACGUAUACAUUUCUUCCUCCAUCAAGUCCAAUACUACGAUAAAAAUGACGCGGCGCACAUGCACAUUUUCUGCACCUACCUCCACAUCAAGACCGUGUACGAGAUGACGGCAUCUCGUGAGUGGGAAGCAUGUCUUUUCGCCCGCUCUACCACGCUGGAUCGCAGCAGUACUCACAGCUACCAUGCACCAUGGAUCUACGACUCCAAGACCUUCCCUGGCAAAGAUGAGGCAUGCAGCACCAUCUUUAGGCAGAUCGUCGAGCACGAAAUGACUCUCACACCGUGUUUACUAUGCACGCCGCUCGAGGCACGGCACACCGGUCGUGAAAGCCAUGUUCCUUGA